AUGGCAAACUUUGCAACUUCAUUCUCAUUCUUCACAUUGGCACUAUUGGCACUAACAAGUGGUUCAAACGGUGGCAGCAUUGCAAUCUACUGGGGCCAGAAUGGCAAUGAAGGAACCUUAGCAGAGACAUGUGGCACAGGGAACUAUGAAUAUGCCAUCUUGGCCUUUUUGCCAACUUUUGGGAAUGGCCAAACGCCAAUGAUAAACCUUGCUGGUCAUUGUGACCCUUAUAGUGAUGGUUGCACCAAGUUGAGCUCAGACAUAAAAUCUUGCCAAGCCAAAGGCAUAAAAGUGUUGCUGUCUUUGGGAGGAGGUGCUGGUAGCUACUCUCUUGCAUCCUCUCAAGAUGCAAGGCAAGUUGCCACUUACCUUUGGAACAAUUUCUUGGGGGGAAGCUCUCCUUCUCGCCCUCUUGGACCUGCUGUUCUUGAUGGCAUUGACUUUGACAUUGAAGGAGGAUCAAACCUUUAUUGGGAUGAUCUUGCAAGGUACCUCAAAGGGUACAGCAACAAGGGCAGAAAAGUGUACUUGACAGCAGCCCCUCAAUGCCCCUUUCCUGAUGCUUGGAUAGGAAAUGCCCUCAAGACAGGUCUUUUUGACAAUGUCUGGGUCCAAUUCUACAACAAUCCUCCUUGCCAAUUCUCUAGUGAGAUUACCAACCUUGAAGAUGCAUGGAAGCAGUGGUCUUCUGAUAUUCCAGCCAACAAGAUCUUCUUGGGGCUACCAGCUUCCCCUGCUGCUGCUGGAAGUGGAUUCAUUGAUGUGGAUGAUCUUACUUCCAAAGUGCUUCCAGCAAUUAAGGACUCUUCCAAAUAUGGGGGUGUUAUGCUCUGGUCUAGGUACUAUGAUGGCCUCAGUGGAUACAGUUCCUCCAUCAAGAGCCAUGUCUAAUGAUAAA